CGACGGGAAGAUACAGGACCGCAAUGAGCAAAACCAAGGAUCCCUCCGGCCUGCUCAUCUCCGUCAUCAGAUGACGGAUGACACAGCAAGAGUUUACUCAGGCGGUUCUCGACGUACGACCAAAAUUGAGCCUCCCAUUUCCGUUGCUAAGCAAAACAGACAUUGUCCACCAGUGACAAUGUGGAGGACAGAGAACACGAGAAGGCUCGUCUGGAGGAGGCGUACGAGAAAUGUGACCGUAAUCUGGACGAGUUGAUUGUUCAGCACUACAACGAACUUAUGACUGCCAUCUCCACCUACCAGAGCAUCACGGAACGUAUCACCACUUCUCGCAACAAAAUUAAGCAGGUCAAGGAGAACCUGCUCUCCUGCAAAAUGCUGCUGCACUGCAAGCGGGACGAGCUGCGCAAGCUGUGGAUCGAGGGGAUCGAGCACAAGCACGUCUUGAACCUGCUGGACGAGAUCGAGAACAUCAAGCAGGUGCCGCAGAAGCUGCAGCAAUACAUGGGCAGCAAGCACUACCUGAUGGCCACGGACAUGCUGGUAUCGGCUGUGAACUCCUUGGAAGGACCCCUCCUUCAGGUGGAGGGACUAAGUGACCUCAGGCUGGAACUUCACAGCAAAAAGAUGAAUAUGCACUUGGUUCUGAUCGAUGAACUCCACCGUCAUCUUUACAUCAAGUCCACCAGCAAGGUUGGACAACGGAGUAAAGAAAAGGGGAGAGUAAGCAGUUCGCAUGUGAAGGAGGCCUCUGCUCUGCCUCUUCUCGACGUUACUAACUUAUCCACGCCUCGCAAGUUUGACUCCGCUCAAUUUAGCAGCGGAAGAGAAGUUAGCUUGAUGGAAAUCAAGGAAGAUUUAGAGCUGGAUCCCGAGGAGAACAGCUCGGCCUUCAUGGGCAUUCUCAUCAAAGGACUGGCCAAACUGAGAAAAAUUCCAGAGACCAUCAAGGCCAUCCAGGAUCGUUUAGAGCAGGAGCUGAAGCAAAUUGUCAAGAGGUCUAGCACCCAGGUGGCAGACGGUGGCUACCAGAGAGGGGAGAACGUAGUCCAGGAAAAUCAGCCCAGGUUACUUUUGGAGCUGCUGGAACUUCUCUUUGACAAAUUCAACGCCGUGGCCGCUGCUCACGCCGUCGUCCUAGGACAUCUCCAGCAGACGGUGUCGCCUCCUGCCAGCCAGUAUGAUGGCGACAUUAAGUUGUACGACAUGGCGGACGUAUGGGUGAAGAUCCAAGACGUCUUGCAGAUGCUGCUGACAGAAUACCUGGACAUGAAAAACACACGGGCAUCUUCAGAGCCUUCAGCUCAGCUUAGCUAUGCCAGCUCUGGAAGAGAGUUUGGCGCGUUUUUUGCAAAAAAGAAACCUCAAAGGCCCAAGACUUCUUUGUUCAAGUUUGAGUCCUCUUCCCAUGCCAUCAGUAUGAGCACGUACUUGCAGGAACAACGGAGAGAACUGUACAGCCGGAGUGGCGAGCUUCAAGGAGACCCUGACGACAAUUUAAUCGAAGGUGGUAGGACAAAGUUUGUCUGCAAACCAGGAGCUCGGAACAUCACGGUCAUCUUCCAUCCGCUUCUGAGGUUUAUUCAAGAGGUCGAACAGGCUUUGGGCCUCGGCCCCACGAAACAGUGCCCUCUCCGAGAGUUCCUCACCAUGUACAUUAAGAACAUUUUUCUUAAUCAAGUUCUGGGUGAAAUUAACAAGGAAAUCGAGGGUGUCACCAAGAUUACCGAUCCUCUGAAGAUCCUGGCGAAUGCCGACACCAUGAAAAUGCUGGGUGUGCAGAGGCCUCUAUUGCAGAGUACAGUCAUUGUGGAAAAAACGGUCCAGGAUCUCAUGAAUUUGAUGCGUGACUUAAGCGCCUACUCAGACCAGUUCCUGAACAUGGUCUGCGUCAAGCUCCAGCAGUACAAGGACACCUGCAACGCGGCUUACAGGAGCAUCGUCCAAUCGGACGAGAAGAUGGUGAUCAGCGCCUCUUGGGCCAAAGACGACGACAUUACCAGACUGUUGAAGUCGCUUCCCAACUGGAGCAACAUGGCCCAGCCCAAACAGCUGAGACCUAAACGAGAGGAAGAAGAAGACUUCAUAAGAACUGCCUUUGGCAAGGAGUCCGAAGUCCUGAUCGGGAACCUGGGCGACAAGCUGAUUCCGCAGCAAGAGAUUCUCCGGGACGUCAGCGACCUGAAGGCCUUGGCCAACAUGCACGAGAGUCUGGAGUGGCUGUCGGGACGGGUGAAGAGCGCCAUCUCCAGCCUUCCAACUUCUCCUGCCACAGAUGCUCACAGCAAGACCGAUCUCCCACCAGUCUCGGAACAGAUCUUGCAGACCCUAACAGACUUGGCUCGAUCUUUCCAGGAGAUGGCAGACUCUUGUUUGCUGGUUUUACACCUGGAAGUCAGGGUCCAUUGCUUCCACUACCUGAUCCCGUUGGCUAAGCAAGGCAACUACGCCAUUGUGGCCAACGUGGAGAGCAUGGACUACGACCCGCUGGUGGUGCGGCUCAACAAGGACAUCAGCGCCGUGGAAGAAGCCAUGAAUGCCAGCUUGCAGCCGCACAAGUUCCAGUACAUCUUCGAAGGUUUGGGCCAUUUAAUCUCCUGCAUCCUCAUCAACGGGGCUCAGUACUUCAAGCGGAUCAGCGAGUCGGGCAUUAAGAAGAUGUGCCGCAACAUCUUCAUCCUUCAGCAGAACCUCACCAACAUCACCAUGUCCCGGGAGGCCGAUCUGGACUUCGCAAGGCAGUACUACGAGAUGCUCUACAACACGGCGGACGAGCUGCUGAACCUGGUGGUGGACCAAGGCGUGAAGUACACGGAGCUGGAGUACCUCCACGCCCUGAGCUUACUCCACCGCAGCCAGACCGGCGUGGGAGACCAGACCACGCAAAACAUGAGGUUGCAGCGCCUCAAGGAGAUCAUCUGCGAGCAGGCCGCCAUUAAACAAGCCACCAAGGACAAGAAGAUCACCACCGUGUAGUUUUAGCCUGCUGGUAGCCAGAGGCGGCCAUGUUUCUUCACAGCCAAUAGGAGCGGAGAAGAGAAAGGUCUCUAGGGCAGAGGUCUUCUAACGUGGCCCUUUGAUGACUUGGGGACUUCAACUCCCAGAAUUCCUCAGCCAGCCUCCAUUUUGUUGGUUAGAUUUAAGACAGGGGUCUUCUAACGUGGCCCUUUGAUGACUUGUGGACUCCCAACGCGGGCCUGGCUGAGGAAUUCUGGGAGUUGAAGUCCACAAGUCAUCAAAGGGCCAAGUUUGAAGACCCCUGCUUUAUGGGAUAAUCUUUUGGGUUUUUCAGUUAGCUUCUUUGCUGAGGUGGUGGGUGGGCACGGCGAAUUAAUUUCUCUCUCUCUCUCUCUCUCUCUCUCUCUCUCUCACUCACUCACUCACUCACUCCCAGAGUUUGCAUCCUUUCUGGCUAACUUUAGAUCGUAGUUAGAACUUAGUCGCAUCCUUUUGCUUUAUUUUUUUGCAUUACACUCAUUGGAAGAGGCUGGGUUGGCUUGCACAUCUUCCCAUCAGAGUGAUCUCGGGACCCUCCUAUGCCAGGAUGGAUUGCCCAUGGCAGCAGCAGAAGCCGAGAUAAUAUGCUGGCAUCCUUAAAUCUGUGGCAGAUAAACUGGGAUCGGUUGCAGUCGAUGGGGAGUUGCUUCUCUUGAGCUCUCCAGGGUGGGGAAGCUUGUCUGUUUGAUCCAGAGGGAUCUGAACUGGGGAAAAGCCGCCACCACGACCUCUAUCCAAAAGCAUGAUGUGGCCAAUGACAUUUGAAGGAAUCUAGAUCAGGGGUCUUCCAACUUGGCCCUUUGAUGACUUGUGGACUUCGACUCCCAGAAUUCCUCAGCCAGAUAUGCCCGGCUGAGGAAUUCUGGGAGUUGAAGUCCAGAAGUCAUCAAAGGGCCAAGUUGGAAGACCCCUGGUCUAGAUGGAUGUUGGGGAGAAAUUCCCAGGUGUUCAUUUAGCAGGAUCCCGUCGCGGCUAGUUCAGAUCUGAUGAUGCUCCCUCCUGCCUACUGGGGGGGGGGGGGUGGAAUUGGGAUCAAGCAAGAGCCUGAUUUUGAGAAUUCAGUGGGGUUUUUUUUCCCCUUGCUUUAUUAUAAACAUUUUCGAGGAUGUGAAGGGAGCAGCAACUUUUGAUUGUCGGAAAGUCCACCCGUCAUUUGUCUGCCUCACGCCUCCCUCGGGAAGCAAAAAAUGGCUUUCUCCAACUUGAUCUGGAUCCCAGGUCUUCCCUCCCUCCCCAGCUUGCCUUGCUUUCCUCUUGGUGCAACUGGAAUAUUAAAAGAUAAUUCUGGAACUCU